CUCUUUCUCCGUCGCCCGCCACGGUCCUUCUCGCUCCUGCCUCUCCUGCCACCCCCACCUUUCCAUAGUAACCGUCCGUACCGUUCCCCCCGUCGUCGUCGUCGUCGUCGCCCGUCAGUACGAUAUACGCUCUCGUGACGCGUGUGUGUAUCUCGCACGCAACGGUCCGACGUCAUCGUCGUCGUCGCGCGCAACACAAUAAUAAUAAUAAUUCUAACAAUAAUAAUCCACUCGUCGUGACGCCGACCCGGUUGUUUCUGAUUUUUUUUUCCCCUCCCAUUCGCAGCCCCGUCUUCUCGUCGUCGGGGAACCGCCGUCGCGCGUUCUCCGUCUCGUUGACUCUCGGUGCCCCGCGAUGCUGUUCUGACACGCCGAUCCCGUCCGGAGGAAAACGACACACGAGCAGCCGACAGCGUGAGCGACGCAGCAGCAGCAGCACCACCACCGCCGCCACUGCUGUCACCGCCACCGCCGCUGCAGCCAUCGCCAGCAUCACCAGCAGCAGUAGCGACACACCUCUUACGCUAGCGACGUCAUGUCGGCCGGUCCGUACGGCACCAUCAUGGACGAGUUGGGCGGCUUCACGGAGGUGCCCAUCUCGUACCGGCACAUCUCACGGUUUCAGCCGUACCGAGUGCAACCGUACCAGGCGCACAUACCACCGCCUGCCGCGCGCAAGGUCAAAUCGUCGACGGCCGUGGAACGGCGCGCCGUGGCCGGUGGGUGCCAGUACGAUGAGAACCGGCCCACGCACGUGCACCGGCUGUACCCCGAGAUACUGGCGCUGAUCUUCAGCUACCUAGACGUGCCGGAUAAGGGCCGCGCGGCCCAGGUGUGCACCGCGUGGCGCGAGGCCGCCUGGUACAAGUCCGUGUGGCGCGGCGUCGAGGCCAAGAUCGACAUGUGCCGUUCGUCGCACCCCAUGUACGAGAGCCUCAAGCAGCGCGGCAUCAAGCGCAUACAGGUGCUGUCUGUGUCCCGAUACAAGUGCUUGCGUGAGAUCGUGCAGAACGUGCCCAACCUGGUGUCGCUCAACAUGAGCGGCUGUUACCACAUCAAGGACGAAGACCUGCACCAGAUGUUCCUCGAGCACCAUCCCAACAUUACCGAGCUUAACCUGUCGCUGUGCAAGCAGCUCACCGACGGCGGCCUCAUCCGCAUCGCUGAUACGCUACGAGGGCUCACUCGGCUCGAGAUCCAGGGCUGCUCGUGCAUCACCAACAAGGGGUUCUCACACAUCGCCCGCAAGCUCAAGAACCUCAAGUACCUCAACCUGCGCUCGUGCUGGCACCUAUCCGACGUUGGGCUAUCGCACAUCAGCGGCGCCAGCAAGGACUCGACCGACGGCAACGCGCAGCUCGAGUUCCUGGGACUACAAGACUGCCAGCACAUCACCGACGAGGGCCUCAAGUACGUGUCCGAGGGCCUGCGCUCGUUGCGCAGCCUUAACCUGAGCUUCUGCGUCAACAUCACCGACACCGGUCUCAACUACGUGUCGCGCAUGAACACCCUGGACGAACUGAACUUGAGUGCGUGCGACAACAUCUCCGACAUCGGCAUCGGCUACCUAUCUGAGGGCUGCACCAAGCUGGGCAGCCUUAACGUGUCGUUCUGCGACAAGAUCGGAGACCAGGCGUUGUUGCACGUGUCCCACGGCCUGUACGGUUUGCACACCCUGUCGUUGGGCUCGUGCCAGAUAUCCGACGACGGCAUGCUGUACAUAUCGAAAUCGCUUAAGAACCUCGAGGUGCUCAACAUCGGUCAAUGCAACUCCGUUACCGGCAAGGGUCUGGAACAUUUGUCCGACUCGUGCAAGCUACUGCGCUCCAUAGACCUUUACGGGUGUACCAAGAUCACCAAAGAAGCCAAAGAGAAGAUACUGAAAAUGCCAAACAUUAGGAGGGACACUGUCAAUGAAGACUUGUGGCAGCUUAGGUGACCGAAGGGAUAUUUUGUUUAUUAUUAACAUUUCGAUAUGUGAUAUAUAUUUAUAAUUUAGGUAAGUUAGUAACAUAUUAUGUUUGUUGAGAAUAUCCGGGUUCUGCCAUCAUUUCUAAUUGAUAACAUCUAAUUCAUUAUUAUUAUGAUCAAUAUUAUUAUUAUUAUUAUUAU